AUGAUUUCAAAUAAUCUAUAUCAUUAAAGUAAUUCACUUUUAUAUUUCAAUUAUGAUAAUGAAUUAUUUAUAUUUAAUAAAGAUAUCACAGCUUAUAAAAUUUAAAUCCCUUCUUUAUAAGUUAACUUAACAAAUUUAUAAAUUGCAGGUGAUAAUUUCACUUUUUCACUUAUAUGUCACAAUUAGGGAUAAGAAAAUAACUAUUAUGGUAAAAUUAAUCUUUAAGUAUUAUCUUAGAAUGAUACAAAUAUAUAUGUAGGCACAAAUAUUAUUUUAUUUUCUAUAAUGUUUAAUUAAGAUUUCCCUCAAUAUUAAACUUCAAUUACUAUUCCAGUUACAAAUAAUUUUAUUAGUUUUUCUGGGUAUUUAUUAUAAUAUAAACUAAAUUCAAAUGAAAUACCUUUGAAUUUUUCAUUAAUUGCCUCACAAAAAGCUGGUUAAAUUAAUUAGAGUUAUUUAUUAAUAUAAUCUUUGUCAAUAAUCUAAUAGAAUGAGGCAAUUUUUUAAUAUUUGAUAGGAUAUAACAAUUAUUCAAUAGAUGUUUUGGAAUGUUAAUCUUUAAAUAAUGUUUAUAUCUACUAAUUCACUGAAUAAAGUUCAAUUAAAAUCUCUGUAAAUGCAAAUGCUUUAUAAAUUGCCUAUAGUUUUUAUCCUAAGAUGAUAAUAAUUGGACUCAGUACUAAUGAUACAAUCUAUAUAUUUUAUUACUAUAUUGAUAACAGUAGUAUGAUUAGUUAUACAAAUUAUACUUUUGAAUAAUAAUUCUCAGAUUUUGUAGUAACAUAAAAUAAUAUUAUAAUUCUAAUUCUAAAUUAAGAAAUAAAAAUAAUGAAAUUUGAUUUUACCAAUAUUUUUACUUUAAAUUAGUAAUCAAUAAAUAAACUUUUCAAUAAGAUUAAUUUCAAUCCUAUAUAAAUUAUUGUGAAUACUUAACUAUAAUCAUCUUUAUUAUAUAUUAACAAUAUUAAUGAAGUCAUUAUAUUUUCAAUUGAUUAAAAUAGUUUUCCAAUACCAAUAUCCUUAAUAAAAGUUAAUUUUAUAAUAAAAUAGAUAAAUUUAAUAAAUGUUCAAUUAAUUAUAUCAUAUCUAUGUAAUAAUGAUCAAAAUAUUUGCUUUUAAGUUUGGAAUGUAUAAUAUUUACCAAAAUACAAUUAUGUAAAGAAUCUUUAUAGUGUAAAUAUUGAUAAUAAAGUAAUAAUAUAAUCUGACAACAUGUUUUUAUAUGUUACUUUUAGUAAUUAAACAGUUUAUGUUUAUAAUCCUUCCUUAACAUAUCAUUAGAGUUUAUAUUAUUUAUUAGAAUUAACUUCGCCAAUUUAAUGUGCUUAGGCAAUUCAAAGCUUUUAUUAAUAUGUGCCUCAAUUCUAAUAUUUAAAAUCGAUAAUAAUUCUUAAGAACAAUACUAUUUAUUAGCUUUCUAGAAAGCAAGAACUUCAAAUUUCUGUUGAAUAUAAUAAUGAAGAUUUUAACAAUUCAAUAAUUUAUCCAUAAUUUAUUUAUAAUUAUUCUGUAACUUCAGCAUUAAAUAAAACAGUCUUUUAUUGGAGUCCUAAUUAAAGUAUUAUUUUAUAUUCAAACUACACAGUAUUUUUUAAUUAAACAAAAUUUAUCAAUAAAUUUAAGUUUUCAUAAUAUANUUUCAAUGAUUGGAUUGCUAUUAUUGUAUUUUUACAUUAAAGUUAAAUAACAGAAAAAGUAUUUAGAUUAUAAUGA